AUGUUGGGAUCUGGUGAUGGUAGCUACAUUAUAAAACUACGAGGCUUGCCUUUCUCCACUACUGCUGAGGAUGUCCUCACAUUUCUGAGCGGCGUAAAUGUUAUAAAUGAUAAAGAUGGAGUACAUUUGACCGAGGUUAGACCUGGUAGACCUUCUGGAGAAUGUUUCGUGGAGGUGCAGAGUCAACAAGAUGUAGAAGAGGCGUUGAAAAAAGACAAAGAAAAUAUUGGCAGGCGGUACAUUGAAGUGUUUUCCACUGAUCGCCAGGAUAUGGAGUGGGCUUUAAAUGCUAUGAGACAGAAUGAGAAUGGUUUUGACAGUAUACCAAAUGUGUCCGAUGAUUUUGGAAUAGUAAAGUUGAGAGGCUUGCCUUUUGGCUGCUCUAAAGAGGAAAUUAUACAAUUCUUCAACGGGUUGUCGGUGGUCCAGGAAGGGGUGCACUUGCUCUCGGACCACACGGGGCGGGCCUCCGGAGAGGCGUUUGUAUACUUCGUAGACAAGCAGAGCGCUCAAGACGCUCUCGACAGGGACAGGGAGAAAAUAGGACACAGAUACAUAGAGGUGUUCCUGAGUUCAGCGGACGAGGUGCGAGCGUACGGCGCGCGGCUGGAGGGUGGCGGGUUCAAAUCCCGGGGGUACAGGCCCACGCCCUACGACAGGAACGAUAGAUACUCCGGACGGUUUGGAGGGAGGGGGAGGGGGGGCUCCUUCACUAGGGGAGGGUCCGGUGGAUCGUACACGGGUCGCGGCGGCCGGCGGGGCUCCAGCCACUGUGUACACAUGAGGGGGCUGCCGUUCAAGGCGACGCCGCAGGACAUCGCAUAUUUCUUCAAGCCGAUCCGUCCUCUGAACAUCAACAUACAUUAUGACAACAGCGGCCGGCCGUCGGGCGAGGCGGACGUGGAGUUCGAGUGUCACGAGGACGCUAUGAGGGCGAUGCGUCGUGACAAGAACAACAUGGAGCACCGCUACAUCGAGCUGUUCAUGAACUCCUCGCCGACCUUCAAGAGCCCGCGCCCCUUCCGCGCCUACUGA